AUCUUUUCAGGGUCAACCAUUCUUCCCUUAGGUAAAUUCUUAUGUUCUGAUUUAGCGGGAAGGACGAGUGUGGUGUGUGCAUUUGGCAGUUAAUAAACUUGUCUUGAGCUGUCAACGCGGUGGGGCUCCAUAAUGCUGAAACUAUUCUCAAAUGCUGUAAAAAGGCGGUCUGGACUCUUAUCAUGCCCAAGGUCCAUCUCACCCAUCGUCAGCGCAUUCGGUCAUACGUGUUGUGUUGAACAAGAUGACGUCCCGUUCCACACCAUGGUUGAAGGAUACUAUGAAAAAGCCUCUAAGCUUGUUGAGCAGAAACUUAUGUCAGAACUUCAAUCAAAAGCCCCGGAUGAUGAAAAAGCGAAAAUUGUCAAAGGAACACUGAAUAUAAUACGGCCACCUAACCAUAUAUUUGAGGUCAACUUUCCCCACAAAGCUGAUGACGGAAAUUACAAAGUUAUUCAAGGAUUUAGAGCCCAGCAUAGUGUCCACCGAAGACCCACUAAAGGAGGCAUACGAUAUAGCCUAGAUGUAUGUAGAGAAGAAGUUGUAGCGUUAGCUGCUUUGAUGACUUACAAAUGUGCUGUUGUGGAUGUGCCAUUUGGCAGUGCUAAGGGAGGAAUUAAAACAAAUCCGAAAGAUCACUCUGUUGGAGAGUUAGAAAGAAUAACUCGUCGGUUCGCGCUUGAACUUGCGAAACAAGGAUUUCUUGGUCCCGGCACCGAUGUUCCUGCGCCGGAUAUGGGUACUGGACCUCGUGAAAUGAGUUGGUUCGCCGAUACCUACGCAACUACUGUAGGCCACAAUGACAUGCAUGCACACGCUUGUAUAACAGGAAAACCAGUUGCCAUGGGUGGGAUUCAUGGUCACAUUUCCGCCACCGGACGUGGUGUUUUCCAUGGGAUAGAAAACUUUCUAAAUAAUCCAAAAUACGCUGAUACCAUUGGCUUAACUCCAGGUCUAAAAGAUAAAACAUUCAUCGUUCAGGGAUUUGGAAACGUUGGUCUAUAUACAAUGCGUUAUCUCGUCCGUGCAGGCGCAAAAUGUAUUGGUGUUGCUGAAAUAGAUGCACAAAUCUUUAACCCAGAAGGUAUAGAUACCCGUGAACUUGAGGAAUGGCAGAUCGCUAACGGCACAAUAGUUGGUUUUCCACGUGCUCAGCCUUAUUCCGGUGAAUCACUUCUUUUUGAAGAAUGUGAUAUCCUUAUUCCUGCCGCUAACGAAAAGCAAAUCCAUGGUGGUAAUGCUGAUAAGAUCCGUGCCAAAUUAAUUGGAGAAGGUGCCAAUGGGCCAACAACACCGAAAGCUGAUAAAAUUUUGAGGGAGAAAAACAAACUGAUUAUUCCAGAUUUAUAUUUAAAUGCUGGAGGUGUUACGGUGUCGUACUUUGAAUGGCUGAAAAACCUAAACCACGUUAGUUAUGGAAGACUGACGUUUAAAUAUGAACGGGAUUCUAACUAUCAGUUGCUGAGUAGUGUACAGCAGUCGCUAGAAAAGAAGUUCAAUGAUAAGGUACCAAUUAUACCGUCUGAAGAUUUUCAACUUCGUAUUGCAGGUGCAUCUGAACGUGAUAUCGUUCAUUCUGGUUUAGAAUAUACCAUGGAGAGAUCAGCAAAGCGUAUUAUGAAUAUUGCAGACGCUUACAAUCUUGGACUUGAUGUUCGUACAGCCGCUUAUAUCAGCGCCAUUGAGAAAAUUUACAACGUGUACUAAGCAGCUGGCUGUGUAUUCACCUAAUGUGUGCACAUAUACACUUUCCUUGUGCCUCCGGUGUUUAUUUUUCUGCAUACUUUGUUACUAUUGUAGGUAACAUUAUGCAGAGUGGACUGCAAUAUAAAUAAACUUCAAAACUUGCUUUACAUAUUUAUUUACAUGAUGAAAGCACACGAUGAUUUGACCUUUCACAUUUGUGCACGCGCCGGUCAAAUCAGAAGUGGAUAAUAAAUAAUCUUAAAAUUCUAUUUCAAUUCAAACACAUCACAACAUUCUAACAAGUAACUUAUUAUGACAAUAAAAACACUCGUCGUAUUUUCCAUAUAAUUGUAAUUGAUCAAUAGCACUCGUAUUAUUAUUUUUCAAUGUACAUUAUCUCAUACUGAUUUUAUUCCAAUAUCUAAUCGAUUCCACACAAGUAUAUAAAUGAAAGAAAAAGUUUUGUGAGUAGCUUGAUAUGAUUUUGAGCAAUAAUUUGUGCUGGAAACGUGGUCAUCAGUUAAUAUUACUGUAUAACACUGUGUGACUUAUCAAAAUAAAAUCUUAUCCAUAAUGGAGCUAUACUCUACCACAGUGGCCAAGUUUUAUACUUAUAUCAAUGUUUGACAGUUGGUUUGAGACACAUAAGAAGGUAUAUAGACUGUCCACGGCAUUCUAAGAACCAAUGACUGCAGACAAUCGGUGAUAUGGCUGGAAAUUAUUCUCAAUGGCGCAGAUGCAUCCACUCUUUGUUAUCUCGAAUAUCCAUUAAAGCUUCAUGUUUUUCCUUGUCACUAAUAUUUGUUCUAAUUAUAGUUCUUUCUAAUCUUUUUCCUCUUUUGUCUACCUUUGUCUGCUACACGAAGUGUCGUAACUUGAACUGCUUCACUACUUUGGAAAACAGUCAGUCAGUCAGUCAUUGAUAAAUUAACCAAUUGCUUAAUUAGAACACAAUACUUCUAGUGCAUGCAGAUUGGUAUGUGUAAUUUGAAACUCCUGACUCUCAGUAACACAAGUUUAACUUUAUAAAAAUAAGAGUAAUAUCUAAUCUUUUUCAAUGCUGUGAAUAAACUAUCUCAAAAAGAGUUGACAAAAAGGUGUGAAUAGGUUAAUAUAUAAAAAAAAAAUUAAAAACUAGAACACGAUAGACAGAAAAAAAAAUACUAAUACUGAUAAUAAUAAUAAUAAUAAUAAUAAUAACGGUUAUACAUAAAUACAAUAUACCUAUUGAAACAAAAUGUAACUGUGGAAAGAACA